AUGAACUCGGGGGAGAUGAGCCGGCUGCUGGAACAGAUGUUGAUGCUGGACCCAACCCUGGAGAAGUGGACAGCAUACCUGAUGGCUACCUGUAAGCACCUGCUGAAGCAGAAGUACUUCAACACCUUGUACCAUGUGCAGCUCUUCAUGAAGGACUAUAUCCGGGCCGCCAUGACAUGCAUAACCCACUUCUACCAGCGGGGAGCUACCAGUUACUUGGACCUCAGUGGGCGACUACAGUUCCUGUUUACUGCACAGCAUCAUCUUGAGUACAUGAUGAUUGGCUUUGUUCUCAUGCAGGCUUAUCUCGAUCCGGGUCAGUGGGGCAGUGUGCGCCACCCUCUUGCUGCAACCACGCCAGUGACCGCUGGGAAACAGCCCCCACAGUGGGACAAACAGCUCCCAGAAUCCUCUGCUAGAAUGACUUUGUCACCUGAGGAAGUGAAAAAGCAUAUUCGCACCAUAAGCCUGCAGAUUGAAGUGACCAAGUUCUUGGAGCAGUGUUUAACUCAGUCUUUGGGAGUGGCCGGUGCAGGAUCAACACAGUUCCUUCCCAGGUCCUCCACACAGAUCUCCACUUUGUUUGGCCCAGGCUCUGCCCGCACUGAGCUGGUUAGCAUGGUUGUUCUGAGUGGGAAUAAUUUUGCUGCUGGCUUUGACUUGGGAGUCAGAAUUGUACGGGAAUGUCGGUUAAAUCCAACUGUGAUAUUCACCCACUGUUCUCGAGAACUAGCCAAACAGGGCAGGUUUACAGACAUCAGCACCCUUAUCCAGUCCUUGAUCCGUGAGAGACUGGUGGAUGACGACGGGAUCGAUGAAAUUGUUGGGGCCUCUUUGCUGGUUAUCGCUGAUAGUCAUAACCAGGCACAGGAUGAAAGUGAUGCAUUGAUACAGCUUCUUAGGAAUGAUAGCAACAAGAUAAAUGCAUUCAUUCUAUGUGGGAAGCUGAGGUCAGCUUAUCUCCUGGCGGUGAAGAGAGACCGCGUGGACGAUGUCCAGAGGAUAGCCGGAGCAGCACAGAGGCUUGGUCAGUCUGCAGUGAAAAAUAUUUGCAAGAAAUGGCUGGAACAACAUCAGAAAUUAUAA